GAUAGAGCGGGGACAGUGCUUUCUGGUCAUGUUUCCUGCAUCCAGCUCCGAAGAUGAGCAAGACACUGUCCGGCAUCCGGCAGCCCAAUGCCCGGACAGAGAGCAAGCUUCAGAGCCUCAGGCACGAGUGAAUGCUGCAGCACAAGCUCCACAGGCAGGCCCGAGACCAAGACCGUUAAAAAAGGCUGGACUUUCGAAAGCUUGGGAUGCUAAAGAUGCAAUCUUGCGUUCUUCUCUUGCAGAAUCUGCAGAGCGACAAAGCUUCAAGGAGCUGCUCGGAAAGAUUCAGAAGGAAGAAAACAUAGAGGCUCGACUUUUCGUUUGGGAACGACUCUACGACGAGACUCCCACAUACUGCUCGCAAGGGUACCUGCAGGAGGACACUGGCGAGAUUGUAUAUAUUCCCGAGACCGGAAAGAUUAUGGCCAGCAAACUGCGAUGGGGCAUGUGUCUGUACUUGAAGCCAGGGUUCCGAGAGGACCUUCCGCGGUAUCACCUGGUGCAUGGCACCCUGACCAGUCCAUUGGUGGCAAUGGAAAAUCAGCAGGGCCCCAUUGUGCGGAAAACCAUCAUGGACACGAUGUCUUGGAGUGCAGAGGAGGCCCGAAUGCUCGAGGUCUUCAAAAGGCAGAUUGUGCUGCGACACACGGAUUUGCACCGAUCUGCCUUAGCAGCAGAGCGUUCCUUGGAGGUCGACACUGGAGUUCCAUCGACAUUGUUGCGGUGUUGCCUACACAGAUAUCGCACAUCUGAGCAGAAUGCACUUUCCGUGGAUCCAGCGACAGAAAGCUUUUUGAUCAAUGCCACAUUGGCAUUUCGGCAAAAAGCCGGGUUCACGAGACUAGCAAGGGACCGAGUUAUGAAGUUUGCUCUCCAGAAGUGCCGAGUGUAUGCAGGAGAGCCACCUGCUGAAGUGAAGCGCUGGCGGGCCCAAAUGGCCAGUGUCUUGUGGCCUCAUGCUCCCAAGACCAAGGCCGAGGCCCGAAGAAAGUUCCUUUGGGACUAUGUUUUGAAUGGAGAUGUCCGACUUGGGUCUGAGCUGCAACACUAUUGCAUUGGGCCCGAUUGCUGCCCAAAUGGAACCGAGAGCCUCCGCUUCAAGCUUCGACAGGCCUAUGGACUGGAGGCCUUGUUCAGUCCUCCUCCCAUCAACUUUCCACGAAGAUCCUGGCAAGGGCAGCAUGCUUCGAGCGCACACAUGCUCCAGCUCUUUUGCUGUCACGGUUUGUUGUUGCACGUGCCCUUCGAAAGUGACGUGCAGGAGUACCUGCAUCGGUCCGAUUCCCUGCAGAACCUCUAUGUGGCAGUUCUAACCCUGACCCGAACGGAUGAACUGAAAAGAGCCGCAGUGGAUCGCUGUGGCAAUGAUUAUGAGCACCAGCAGAUGUGCAGGGAGUUGCCUAGACCGCACGACAAGAGUACGCCCGAGCAUGCAGUUUAUCCAGCUCAGACAGCCUUCCGAGCUUUGGACUUGCAUCGUUUGUUGCAGUCUAGCAGUGAGGACUUCUGCCAGGGUCCAGAAGUUUUGUCCGAGUUAUUCCCAGAAAGCAAGAGCAUGCCCCUGGAACUGCUGCUCUACCGGAUGACCACCCGGCUUCAAGGCUCCCUUUAUUCCCUGGGCAUCAUCGAGCAGAGGGUAUACCCAUAUGCAUUCUUUGAGAUCCUGGCAAGCAAAGCAGCUGCAGGCGAGAUUGCUGAAGAUGCCAGCAUCAGCAAGGAUUUGUUCGACUCCUUCGGCAGGCUCAUGCUUGCAGCAUAUCCACGAGCUUUUCGGCAAUGA